AUGCACAGCUCGAAUUCCAUCACCAUCAACAUGGUCCUGAAGAACACUGAACAUGAAUCUGCCUUUGAGACGGAAAGUUAUGAUGCCUAUGUAGAGACUCCGUUCGGUACGGUCUAUUGCACUCUGUCAGGUACCACCAAGGGCAGCCGACCGGUUAUCCUGACUUACCACGACAUCGGACUAAACCAUAAAACCUGUUUCAGCUCUUUCUUCAACCAUGAGGACAUGCAGGAAAUCACACGCCACUUUGCUGUGUGCCACAUCAAUGCGCCUGGGCAACACGAGGGAGCCAGCACCGUACCCACAGGGUUUACCUACCCUUCGCUAGUGCAGCUUUCUGAAAUAUCAGGCAGCAAUAAAAUGAAUUUUCCACAGAUCUCCGGCUGAGCUCAUGAUCUUCCCCAUGUGGUCAUUUCCCACCUGUUUGGACAAGAGGAGAUUCACCACAACCACGAACUGAUCGCGACCUUCCGUCAGCACGUCAUGAGCGGCGUCAACCAGACCAACCUGCAGCAGUUCAUCAACUCCUAUAACAGUCGAAGGGAUCUGGAUAUCGAGAGACCAUCAGGAGGAAACGGUGAUAGGAAGACCCUGAAGUGUCCGACUCUCCUGGUGGUAGGAGAUAACGCACCUGCAGUUGAUGCUGUGGUUGACUUUAACUCAAAAAUGAAUCCAACAAAAACGACACUACUAAAGAUGGCUGACUGUGGAGGCCUUCCCCAAGUCCAUCAGCCUGCAAAGUUGGCAGAGGCCUUCAAGUACUUCAUCCAGGGCCUCGGCUACAUGCCAGCCACGUGCAUGACCCGCCUGUCCCGUUCCCGCACCACGUCCGGCUCCAGCUAUUCGUCUCAGGAUGGCGUUCCGAGUCGCCCACGUAGUCGUACCUUUAUCGGAGAGGAACAGUGUGAAGAGAUUCUCCGAAACGUCCAGAGAGAGGCGCUACAGCAGCAGCACUGA